AUGGCCCCCGAUGAGUUGAUUUGUAUGGUGUCUUUAGGCGAGAAGGCCAUAUUUAUGAAGCUCUGCUCGACAACACGGUUUUAUGAACUGAAAUUUGAUGUGGCUGAAAGAAUGAAAGUACCUGAAGAAGCUUUAUCCUUGUGCAUGUUGGAGUACAAUCGAAAUGUCGGUUGUACAGAGAUUCACAUGCUCGCUGUUGUUAAUAGUGCUGUUAAUAAAGAGUGUUCCAGUUCUGAAAUAAACCAGAAAGUUAUUGGUGGAAUCAGUGAUGCCUCUUUGAAUGAAGAAUAUUGUCAUCCCCCUUCUGGCGGAAAUGCUUCCAAUUCAGAGAGAAUCCCAACUGAUUGCCCGUCUGGUGAGAACGUAGUGAGAGCUGAUGAUAUUAUCAGUAAAACUUACAGCAUUCCAGACUGUUGGCACACAGCAUUAACUGGAAAGGGCCAACAAUUUGAAACUGCCAUAGAUUUAAGACUAGCGUUGCAAUACUAUUCCAUGGCGAAAAAGUUUGACUAUGACUUUGUAAAGAAUGAACCUAAACGUAUCCAAGUUAUUUGUCGAUAUAAGGAGACAUAUGGUUGCCCUUGGAUGCUAUUUGCAUCCCCUGUAAAAAAUGAAAAAAGAAUUGAAAUCAAAAGCUUGUCAGGGCAAUCACGGGCAUCUCGUAGAUUCGUAGCAGAACAAUUGCGACCUGUCUUAAAGGUUCGACCUGAAAUCCGCUCAAAGGAUGUGCAAAAGGAGUUCCUUACUCGAUAUGGAUUGAGACUUGAAUACAGUAAGAUAUGGUGGGGCAAAGAAAGAGCGCAGGAGGCUAUGAAUGGUGAUAGUUAUGAGUCUUACGAUCAAUUAAGAUGGUAUGAGCAAAAGGUGAAGGAAACAAAUCCAGGAAGCUACAUUUGCAUUGACCAGAAUGAAGGAAGGUUCAAAAGACUGUUUAUAUGUUAUGCUGCUUGCAUCGUUGGUUUCUUAAAUGGGUGUAGACCUCUAUUAUUUUUGGAUGGGACCUUCUUGAAAGAUAGAUACAAAGGCCUGCUCCUGAGCGCUGUAGCAUAUGAUGGAGACCAAGGGAUAUUUCCACUUGCGUAUUGCAUAUGUGAUCAGGAAAACGUUGAUAAUUGGAGCUGGUUCCUGCAAGGCUUGUGGUCUAUACUGUACGAAAGGCCAGACCCAUACAAUCCUCCCCAUCAACUGGUUAUUAUUUCUGAUGCCGACAAGGGAAUCCAAGAAGCGGUUGAAAAUUUUAGAUCUAAGCUAAAGGAUUUGGGAAUGAAAGCAAAGGACACACAUGUUUUGGGGAAUUUGCUCCAAUCAGCUUGCUAUAAAUACACUGUUGCGGAAUGGAACGACUACAUGAAGGAUAUAUAUGAGAUGUCUCCAGCUGCAUAUGAGAUUGUAAAUAACUACUCGCCAGAGCAUUGGGCGAAUGCCUUCUUCCCUGGCAUUAGGUUAACUAUCGGUGAUAUAUGUUAUCGUUUAUCACUAUAUGUUAACUUUCAUGUUAUUAUGUUAACUUUUCCUACUAAAGGGAAAGUUUGGUGGUUGCGUGUUAAUCUUAUUAUAUAUUGGAUGCUGAAUGAGACUUUGUUUUAUUUUGAUGUUUACAUAUAUGGUCAUGUAACCUCUAACGUUGCAGAAUCCUUUAACAGCUGGAUACGUGAAGCUCGGAUGCUGCGUAUCCUGCAAAUGGUGGAGCAUAUCCGCAAGCAAAUUAUGACUCGCAUGAACAACAGACGCAUAAUGGCUGAAAAGUGGACAAGCUAUCUUUGUCCUAAAGCUGAGUAG